AUGGCAGAGAAUAAGACGACCUUCAAUGUUGAUGCAAACUAUUGCGAAUACGUUCUUAUUGCAGACAACAUUACACUAAACGUUUAUCCACCAAAAGGUAAAGCAACUCAGUUUAGUUGACGCCGGUCGAGACGCCAUUAAAGCCAUUUUAGACAUUCUCUGGUUCGCUAGGCCUCUGGGACUUUUACAGCUCAUGGUAGUGGCUAUUUUUCUGCACUAUAACUCCUUGGCGUUUUUUUUCUGUUACAAAGGGCAGUAGUAUUUGUACCCAAAUGAAACGGUAUCUAUCCAAAUCUAGAAAGGUCAUUACCUUCGCAAAUUUGAAAAACUUAUUUGCAAUAUUCCUAUUGGCUGUUGCAAUAUUCCAUAGCCUGAGUUUUCCCUUCCUUAAAUGCGGGUGUAUUCGGGUGUAUGGGAAGAGAGGGCCUGACAACACAAAAUUAGGUCUCUAACCUGCGAACGGGCAUGCUCUGAAAACGAGUUUGCAGAGACUUCCUUUUGAAUUUUCCUAACUUCCUGUUCUGUUCUGCGCGUUGUCAUUGGUGGAUUAUUUGGUUAGUCAAUUACAACGCGCAUGCAAAACAAAACAGAAAAGGAAGUUAGGAACUUGUAACAGGAAGUUAGGAACUUCUAACAGGAACUAAGGAAAAUCCACUGAUCGGUGGGGAAAAUCAAACUGGCUUUUAGGAACAUUGCAAUAUUGCAAAUUCCCUUAAUUAAGGGAUUUGCAAGGCCGUUUUUCAAAUUUGCAAAGGCGAUGGCGAAUUUACAAUCAAUUACCUGUAAUAUUUCAAACAUUACUUCCAUGAUUUGUUCUGUGUUGGUGUACUCAGGUGAAUAUGAUGUUUGUGAUGUUACUCUGAGUGUAUAUCCACACCGAGCAAGCUUGAAAAAUAUGCCUGUCCACGGUGGGAAUCGAACCUACGACCUUUAGAAUAUUAGCCCGCGUAGCUCAGUUGGAAGAGCAUUGGGCUAGUAUUCCAAAAGUCGUAUGUUCGAUUCUCACCGUAGACAGGCAUAUUUUUCAAGCUUGCCCGGAGUGGAUAUAUACUCAGAGUAACAUCACAAGCAUCAUUACUUCCAUGUUUACUGAUUACUUUACAUUGUUCGUUUGUUUGUUUUAGAUGGGGAAGCACAGUCCAAUGUAGUCGCGUCGGAAGAGGAGCGACCUGCAGAUACAAGCAAGACAAGUCCAGAAUAUCCCAGGGAGUGUAUCGUCGCUCAGCAAGAAAUGGACGCGAACGCUGGACGAGAAGAAAAUGAAGUCCAUGAAAGAAGCUCAGUUUUGGAAAGCAAUCCUUCAGAGUCUGAAACAACAGUCAAAUCUAAAGCAGGUAUUUCAUAUUUUAUUAUUUUUACAGUUUUUGUAAGCACUACAGGAAAACAUUUGAAAAUCUUGAUGUUUCCUGAAACAUUGCUCUUAAAGACAAUUUGUUAGGUUGGCUACAUUUAGAAAUAUAUAGUAAGAUACUCCAAAACGUGGUUUAUUAGGAACAGCAGAGUCAAAAGAUUGCAUCGUCUCAUUCAUUAGAUACAACUGGCUCAAUAAAAAGAAGGUCAUUGAAACUUCUGCGACGAUUGCUGCCAAAGAAAAGCCCUGAUAACAAUCAUGAGGUCCAAAGCGAAGUACAUUCGAAGACAAAUGCAGCGUGUACUGGAACGUUGCCAUCAAGUGAAUCUGUUCCUACGAGGGGGGAAAUGUGCCCACGUUGCAUAAUGACAGACGAAACAGAUCUGCCACAGGACCGUAACAAGUGGCCCAUUGCUCAAAUCGAAAAAGGUUGUUUUCAAGAAAUUUGCGAUCUACUCGACUUAUAUGAUCGAAACAAAGAACCACUUAUGAGCGCUUUAGAUUGCUUCACCACGAAAGAGGUUACGUUAAUUACACAAGAAUUUAUGGAAACACGAGGAAAGGGCAUGGCGAAUAAGGCACUCGGGAUAUGGGGAACAUCAAAGGACGGAAAUAAUGUGGGGGCUCUUAAGGAUAUUCUUAAGAAUACCAUGGAAAGGGUUGAUGUUCUUGAGAAGAUUGAGAAUUGGGAAAAGCUGUCUGUUUGUUAUGGAUGUGGCAUUAAUCUGCAAGAUUAA